AUGUCAGUUACAGGAACAAAACGGUUCAAUGCAAACACUGGACCAGUAACUCCUGGUAAGCAAUCCUCAGUCAAGGGACCAUACGGUAAGAAUCCGGGAUGCACAACAGGCUGUGGUAUGAGGCUACCGAGGAAAACAGAAUGCACAGCCGCAAGACUGGUCAAACAUGUCAGCUGUAACUUCGUUAAAGGCUUACGACUAGUGGUGAUGAGGACGAAGAAGAAGAAGAAGAGAUCUACACCAUUGAAGAAGGCUUCUUCUUCUGGAAUAUCUCAGCCUUCGGCCAUCUCUAUCGUAAAUGAAACUCACAGAUCAGAGGCGAUAGAAGACUGCAUACAGUUUAUUAACUCAUCAACCUCGUUCACGAGAUCACGUUCUACCAGUGACGGUAAAUCAUAAGUUUUUGUAAUACCCAUAAGUUUCGAAACUCUUUCUUGGUCACUAGUUGGCUACGCAAUAGCAUAUUAGAGAAUUCCGUGUAAUAUCUUUUAUGAAAUGAAAAAUAUAUAUAGAGCAGAAGAGAGAUUUAAGUACU